GCACUGAACUCACAGGUCAAAGAGACUUCUGGUAGAAAAAAAAAAUUUAAAUGUCGACCGCAAUGAAUUUUAGCACAAAAUCAUUUAAACCACGACCUCCUGACAAAGGAUCAUUCCCUUUAGACCAUUUCGGUGAAUGCAAAGAGUUCAAAGAGAAAUUCAUGCGUUGUCUCAGAAACAACAGCUUUGACAACACUUUGUGCAGAUUACAGUCCAGAGAGUACCUGGAGUGCAGAAUGGACAAGCAGCUCAUGGCGAAGGAGCCUCUAGAGAAACUUGGCUUUAAGGACUUGAUGGAUGAGGCCAAAGACGAGAGCAAGGAGAAAUCUUGAUGAAUACAAAUGAUGAAAUGUAUUAUUGUUAUUAUUUAAGUUGCACAGAUGCGCAUAAAGUAUGUAGACACCCAUAGUUUUAUAGGGAACUAUUUGCACCGAAAUGUGUCUAAUUUUUAAGACUAAAUUUUGCAGAUUAGUUAUUAAUGCUUUAGUCAUAUUUUAAAGGCAACAAUUAGCAACAAAGGGUUGCGCACAACAGAUCGUCAAACACCUCUUAGGAUGCACAGCUUGACAAGGUCAUGAAUCUGUUGUUUAUCCCCUUUCUUUAAACCGAACCUUAAAUCUGUCGAAACGGUAGAAAAGACCUGUUUAAUAAUUCCUGGCUUUGUGUCCCUGACCAACAUUUUAGCCUUAUUCAAAGAAAGUCUGAAAUUUCCUUGGAAAUGUUUCACUUCUAGGGAUGGGUCUAUUCCAAUUAAAAAAGAAUAAACAAACAAACAAAACUGUCCCAACAAAUUCUAGUGCAAUAAAACUAUGGGUGCCAAAUUAUUAUUUUUUUUCGUGUAUGUGUAAUGUGUAAAUUCUUGUUUAUGUAUAAAAGUAAUUGUAUAAAUGUGCUUUAUAUAAUUUU